UGCUUGUAUUGGCCAGGUGCUCUUGUCAAAAUUGUGUGCAAAGACAGGUACACCUCACAAGUUACAUACGAGGUUGAGGGUGUGACCGACUCAACGGGAACAUACAAUAUCCUCGUACAGAGUGACCGUGGAGACGAUGCAUGUGAUGCAGUUUUGGCCAAGAGCUCAGAUCCUGAAUGCAGCACUCCUAACUUGGGCAGGGACAAAGCCAGAGUUAUCCUCACCCGCAACAAUGGCAUGAUUUCUGACGCUCGUUAUGCCAAUGCUAUGGGAUUCCUCCAGGAUGUGCCUUUGGCUAGCUGCCCCCAGAUCCUCCAGAAAUACCAGGAAGCCGAGGAUUGAAGCAAUUGAUUGUCGACUUCUGCAUCCAUGUAGAAUCUGAUAUAUGUUAUAAUGCCUUAUUGUCAAUGGUGUAUUUGGGUUGUUAUUGUUUCUGAACAAUGCUGUGAUGCGUCUUUAGCUUUUCUUGAUUUAUUCAAGACAUUGUUAUCUUAUCACAACACUGUGGCUUGCAAAGUUGGAUGGUUGAAAUAGAUGUCAUAUUUUUGUGCUGAAAAAUGCUUGUAAGUUGUAACAGAUUGUUUUGGUGAUCCAUUCGUAGCUAAGUUCUACAAAGUUCAAUCUAUUUUCUC